CUUUCUCUCAUUUCCCUACUCAAAUCGAUCAACUAUACUUGACUGCCUUAAUCUUCUCCUACUGUUCACUUCACUUCACUUCACUUCAUUAUCAUGCUUUGAUUUGAUUCAAUUUAUAUUGGUCCAUUUGUUUCUCAUCCAAUUAUUCAAAACCAUGACUUCUUCCGAAAACUUGCCCGCCCUCACCGCUUCCUGGCCCUUUCGUGAUCCUUGGUUCUCCGCCGAAGUCUCCGCUCGCGAGACCCAAACUCUAACCGAAGCCCUACAAAAGACCUUUUCUUCUUCUUCUACUACUCCUACAGCAAUCUUUAACAACACCUCUGUUUCUGAACCUUUUGCUUCUGAUUUUAUCUCCCCUUCGGUCAACCCGGAAACUCCCACUGUUUCCAAUGUUUCCGGUUCUGACCCUGAAACUUCUCUUCCCAAACGCCAGAAAAAGGCCGUCUCCGGCCCCAAUUCCGGGAAGAUUUCGAAACGGAAGUCACGCGCGUCGAAACAGACCCAAACCACCUUCAUAACGGCGGAUCCGGCGAAUUUCAGGCAGAUGGUGCAGCAGGUGACCGGCGUCAGAUUCGGAAACUCGCAAGUGACAGUGGCUCCGAUACUGAAGCCAGAGCCGCAGAGACCUGGUGGCAGGCUACCGGGAGUUGGGCAUAUUGGUGGGUGCUUACCCACACUUGAUACAUCGGCGUUUUUGCUGGAUCAGCACGAGCAGCAUGCGGCGAUGGGGCCAGUAGGUGGGGUGGGUGUUGAGUUAGGCCCUUUUAACUUCCAGACGUCAGUGAUGGGUGACGGUGGGAGUUCUGGGCUUGAUUUUGACGCCCUCUUCACCUUCCCAACCUUGGAGUCAUGGAAAGUGAUGUGAUGGUAAAAAAUGUUUCUGAAUUUUUGGGGACCUACCUUUCUUAAUUAGAUGGUAUAGUUUCUUUAAUUUUGGUUCAAUGGUGUAUGAAUUUUAGAAUUAAUAUUACUUCAAUUGCAUGUUACAUACAUUCAAAUGCCUAGCCAAAGUGAAUGUUAAUGCUGUUUGUUCUUGUCAGUCGCUCUUUAUUUAUUAACUUGAAAAAGUGAAAUGUGGGCUUUGUAAUUCCAAAUAUUAGAUUAGAUGAAUAAUUUGAUAUUUUUUUUUCA